UUCCCCAACUCGAAAAACAAAACACAAUACAAAAAGAAAAACCAUUUUCCUUACAAAUUUCAUUUCAAAAAAAAAAAAAAUUAAAAAAAAAAUUAAAAAUUCAAAGAAAUGGGAGUAAACUCAAAUAGAGUAGAAGCUCUUUCAAGCCACCACCAUGCAUGCUUUGAAACCACCCUCGAUAUACAAUUACCAAACAACCCCUCCCCUAUAGAGAUACACCAUGUUUGCCUUCCCCCUAAAAGAACCACCCUCCAAAAACUUAAACAAAGGCUUUCUGAUAUUUUCUUCUAUGAUAAUCCCCUCCAUAGAUUUCACAACCAAACAUGGCUUAAGAAAUUUGUUCUUGCCCUUGAGUUUUUCUUCCCUGUUUUUCAAUGGGGCCCCACUUAUAGCCUUAAACUCCUUAGGUCUGAUCUUAUCUCUGGCCUCACCAUUGCUAGUCUUGCUAUCCCUCAGGGAAUAAGCUAUGCAAAACUUGCAAACUUACCACCAAUCAUUGGAUUAUAUUCGAGCUUUGUGCCACCAUUGAUAUACUCAAUUCUUGGAAGUUCAAAGCAUUUAGCAGUGGGCCCAGUUUCAAUAGCUUCAUUAGUGAUGGGAACAAUGCUUAGUGAAGUUGUUUCUCCAACUGAAGAACCAAUCUUGUAUUUGAAGCUUGCUUUUACUUCUACUUUUUUUGCUGGUGUUUUUCAGGCUGCCCUUGGUUUUCUCAGGUUGGGAUUUGUAAUAGAUUUUCUGUCAAAAGCAACCCUAAUUGGAUUCAUGGCUGGGGCAGCAGUCAUAGUGUCAUUGCAACAACUCAAGGGUCUGCUUGGGAUGGUCCACUUUACUAACCAGAUGCAGAUAAUUCCUGUUUUGUCCUCUGUUUUGAAGUACAGACAUGAGUGGGCAUGGCAAACAAUUGUGAUGGGCUUCUGCUUCCUCUUCUUUCUACUUUCAGCAAGACAAAUUAGUGCCAAAAAGCCUAAACUGUUCUGGUUAUCAGCAGCUGCACCUCUAACAUCAGUGAUCCUCUCUACGGUCAUAGUUUUCGCUAUCAAACCCAACUCUCGACAAAUUCCAAUCAUUGGUUACUUACCCAAAGGCCUCAAUCCACCUUCAACAAACAUGCUCUAUUUCCAUGGCUCACACCUUGCUCUUGCCAUCAAAACCGGCAUUGUUAGUGGCAUUCUCGCUCUCACCGAAGGAAUAGCGGUUGGAAGAACAUUUGCAACCCUUAACAACUACCAAGUUGAUGGCAACAAAGAAAUGAUGGCCAUUGGUCUCAUGAACAUGGCCGGUUCUUGCUCGUCUUGCUAUGUCACAACAGGAUCAUUUUCCAGGUCUGCUGUAAACUACAACGCAGGAGCUCAAACAGCAAUCUCAAACAUAGUAAUGGCAACAGCAGUACUGAUUACUCUUUUGUUCUUGAUGCCACUAUUCCAUUACACACCUACAGUUAUAUUAGGUUGUAUCAUAAUUACAGCAGUAAUUGGUUUGAUCGAUUAUCAAGCUGCAUUUCGUUUAUGGAAAGUUGAUAAAAUCGAUUUCUUGGCUUGCGUUUGCUCCUUCUUCGGUGUGCUCUUUGUUUCAGUUCCUCUUGGACUCGCCAUUUCUGUAGGAAUUUCAGUAUUCAAAAUUUUGCUUCAUGUAACAAGGCCAAACACAAUAGUUCUAGGAAACAUUCCCGGAACUCAGAUAUUCCAAAGCAUUGGAAGAUAUAGAGAAGCAAUAAGGAUCCCUUCAUUUCUCAUCCUCUCUAUUGAAUCUCCUAUUUACUUUGCAAACUCAACAUAUCUUCAAGAAAGGAUACUAAGAUGGAUUAGAGAGGAGGAAGAUAGGGUUAAGGCUAAUAAUGAGAGCAUGAUCAAAUGUGUAAUCUUAGACACAAGUGCUGUAACAGCUAUAGAUACAAGUGGGAUAGAACUACUUGGUGAGCUGAGAAAGAUGCUUGAAAGAAUGUCACUGCACCUUGUACUAGCAAAUCCUGCAGGAAAUGUGAUGGAAAAACUGCACCAAUCACAAGCAUUGGAAUCCUUUGGUUCACAAGGACUUUACAUGACUGUAGGAGAAGCCAUAGCUGAUAUUUCUUCAUCAUGGAAAGCUCAACCUUGAAUAAACUCCCUCAAUAAGUAGAACAUUAACAAAAAAUCGGAAUUGUUUUUAGAUUAGAAACUAGCUAAGAAGAGAGUCCUAGUAGUGUAUUAUCAUAUAAGUAAAUGUAAUUAACCAAUAUAAACCAUUAAGCUCGAGCUCUUUCAAGAACGAGUUUUCGAGUCUUUUUUGGUACAAUCAAUUUGGUUUUUGUCCCCUAUUAUGUAAAGAGGUUCGUAAAAAAUAACACGAAAGAGACCUCGUUGUUAUAACCUUGAUCGAGGUUGUUGUAUAACACGGAGUAAUAGUCAAAAUAUCCUAACAAAAGACGGUAGAAAUAAACCGUUGGUUUUCUUGCC